UGUUCUCUUAACAAUUGCCUUGAUGACUGAGAUUAGGAGAAUUAAAAAUGAAAAAAAAAAGUUAACAGGUGGAGGUCAAUUCUGGUGGAUGAAUCAUUCUGUACUUUCUGUGAGAGAGUGCGGUGAAGAGAUGCAGUCUCCUAGAAUACCUGGCAGAAAAAGAGGGAGACCUCCUCUUCAUUCCAACAUUCUGAAAAUGACUGUCCAUAACUCAUAUUCGGGAGCAGCUGGCUCCAUCCCUACUGUAAAAAUUCCAAAGAAGAGAGGCAGAAAGCCUGGCUUUAAGUAUAUAAGGGCUCCCGCACCACUGUUCACCUUACCCGAUGAAGGGUCCAUAGCCAACUCGAAACGUUGUUACUCUCUGCAUGCCCUCACAAUAAAUCUUCAAGCAUUGCAUCUUCAGAGUCUGAAAUCUCGCGUUGUAAUGACACCAUUAGCAAUUUCGCCUCCUCGCAGCACUCCAGAACCAGACAUCAGUUCUAUUCCUCAGGAUGCCGCAACUGUGCCCAAUUCCGCUGUUCCACAGGCACUUACAGUUUGUAUUUAUGUGAACAAACAAGGUAACACUGGACCCUAUCUUGACAGAAAAAAGGUCCAGCAGCUCCCCGACCACUUUGGACCAGAGCGUCCUUCCAUGGUGCUACAACAGGCAGUUCAAGCCUGCAUCGACUGCGCUCAUCAGCAGAAGAGCGUGUUCUCCCUAGUGAAACAGGGUUAUGGAGGAGAAAUGGUUUCAGUGUCUGCUUCAUUUGAGGGAAAACAGCAUCUUCUCAGCCUUCCUGUAGUGAACAGCAUAGGAUACGUUCUGCGGUUCCUGAAGAAGCUGUGCCGCAGCCUCAUCUGUGACAAUCUGUUCAGCAAUCAGCCGUUUGUACAGUAUAGCACCACGGCAGACAAUCCCAAGGAAUAUGAUACUGGAAGGAUGGAGUCAGCAGAAACUGUAAUUCCAGAAGAUUACUUGGUCGAUCCUGUGAAUACAAAACGAUACAGCGUUGAUCCUUCUGAUUCUGCCUACAACUACAUGGGUUCUCUUUACCCUGCCAGACAGAAUAAUGGAGAAGGACGGCUUGGAGGUGGAAGUGGUGGAAGCUCCUCUUCUUCAUGCAACCAUAGAUCCAGUCAGAUGUCUUCAGGAGUUCAGUCCUCAGCAGGAUUAAGGCGCCAAACAUCAAGUCCCACAAGAAAUGGAAGUUACCUUGAGGGUAACAGAAGUGCCUCAAGUCCUUCUCCUGAAAACCAGGAGGCAGUCAGACCAUCUAGCAAGGAUCCAUCCAGUUGGACGGUAGAAGAUGUUGUCUGGUUUGUGAAGGAUGCUGAUCCACAGGCAUUGGGCCCACAUGUUGACCUUUUUAGAAAGCAUGAGAUUGAUGGCAAUGCCUUGCUUCUUCUGAAGAGUGAUAUGGUUAUGAAGUAUUUGGGACUGAAACUGGGACCUGCCCUUAAACUCUGCUACCACAUCGAUAAGCUGAAACAAGCAAAGUUCUGAUCAACAGCAUUAAUUCUAACGCGUUGCCUUAUGAAAAGGCCAUUCUGACACCUUUUUAUUAUUCAUAGGCUUGUGUUAUAAAAAAGUUGCAUCAUUUUCAUAUUGGAUUAUCUUUCUUAGUUGUCCAUUCACACGUCCGCAAAAUGGGUCCGCAUCUGUUCCGCAAAAAGUGCGGACCCAUUCAUUUUCAAUGGGGCCGGAAUGUGCUGUCCGCAUCCGCACUUCCGGAUCUGC